UUGACGUCAGUCCGCUAACUUCUGUCUCUGUGGUCAUCCAACCGAAGCAUGGGAUGUUUUUGACUCUCCAUUUUAAGUCGCUCACGUUAAAAGAUGAUAAUGCCGUAACGAGUGUGAUGAUAUUUUUUUUCGACAUCUUCAAUUAUUUUUAUACGGAAAUACCAGCUUCAGCGGAACAGCGAACUCUCCUCUGUGUCUCUCGUCUGCCCGAGGAGGGUCCUGUGAACACUGCUAGCUAUGAUGUGACUAUGAAUAACCGCCGUCGAGGGAAGUUAUAAUUGACAUUAUCAUAGCUGAAUGGCUACAAAAGCAGCCUGUCUGCCCUCAUUUACCGCCUGCAUGCUGUUAUUUCGAUAGCCAUUUCAGCUCCGCGUCGGGAGGGACCGCUAUAUUUUCUUGGCGGAAAUAAACGAGGAGACCGCAUCGACACAGCACUGUAGUUCCCGUUUGAGAAGAUGUCUUUCUUCAAUUUUAGGAAGAUAUUCAAACUGGGCCCUGACAAGAAGAAGAAGCAGUAUGAACAUGUACAUAGAGACGUUAACCCAGAGGAAAUCUGGGACAUCAUUGGGGAACUGGGAGAUGGAGCGUUUGGGAAAGUAUUUAAGGCUCAGAACAAGCAGAAUGGGACCCUCGCUGCUGCCAAGGUUAUUGACACAAAGAGUGAAGAUGAAUUGGAGGACUACAUGGUGGAGAUCGACAUUCUGGCCUCCUGCAAUCACCAUCACAUCGUCAAACUGCUCGAUGCCUUUUAUUUCGAAGGCAAGCUUUGGAUCCUAAUAGAGUUCUGUGCAGGCGGUGCAGUGGAUGCCAUCAUGCUGGAACUGGAGAGACCCCUUACGGAGCCACAGAUUCGUGUAGUUUGUAGGCAGACCUUAGAGGCCUUGUGUUACCUCCACGAGAACAAGGUCAUCCACAGAGACUUGAAAGCUGGAAACAUUCUCCUUUCGUUGGAUGGAGAAGUCAAACUAGCUGACUUUGGGGUAUCUGCUAAAAAUACCAAGACAUUACAGAGAAGAGACUCUUUCAUCGGCACUCCGUAUUGGAUGGCCCCAGAGGUGGUGAUGUGCGAAACUUCCAAGGAUCGUCCAUAUGACUACAAGGCCGACAUCUGGUCCCUUGGGGUAACCCUGAUAGAGCUGGCACAGAUUGAGCCGCCCAACCACGAGAUGAAUCCCAUGAGGGUGCUGCUGAAAAUAGCCAAGUCCGAGCCGCCCACACUCAUGCAUCCUUCUCGCUGGUCACCAGAAUUCAACGACUUUCUACGGAAAGCACUUGACAAGAAUGUGGACAAUAGAUGGAGUUCAGUACAGCUUCUGCAGCAUCCUUUUGUCACCAGUGUCACAGAUAGCAGACCUCUAAGAGAGCUCAUCGCCGAGGCUAAAGCAGAAGUCACAGAGGAGAUUGAAGAUAGUAAAGAGGAGGAGGAAGAAGAUGAGCCUGAUACACCUCUAGCGGCUCCAGGGCACAAGAGAGCGCCAUCAGAUGUCAGCGUGGCCAGCUCAGAGGAUGACAAAGUCACACCGACUCCUGCCACUCUGGAAUCUGUAACUGAGAAGAUGGAGACAGUUCCUGCUGAGGAUCAGAUCAAUGAUAAGCUCUCUGGCGAAGGCCAAGGAACAAUUGAGGUUAACAAGACUGAUGAGGAGAAACUCAAUGAGGUGUCUAAUGCUGGCAGUGAAGAGCUGGUAUCUGGGCUAACAGAGCCUACAAAGGACUUGGUCUCACAAACUCCUACAGAGCCUGAAACAGAGGAUACUAAAAUUGAAGAGAUUCCCAAUGAGCCUGCUGUAUCACAGCCAGAAGAAAAUGGUGAAACAACACAAGUGUUUGUCCCAGAAAGUGAAGAAAAAGAGGGAGAACAGAAAGAAACACCAGAGGAGAAAACAGAGGAUGAAGCUUCUCAAGUUAUUGAAGAAAAACAAGAAGUGGAGGAAGGGGAACACGAGGGAGAAGAGACAGAAAAAGAAGCAGGUACAGAAGAAGUCAAAGAAUCUCAAGAGCAGCUUGAAGAUAAACAAGUGGAAUCUGAAUCUUUAUCGGGAGAAGUGGAACAGCCAGAAGAAGAAAGCAAAGACCCAGAAGAGGAGAUCCCUCCACAGAAAGAUGCAGAGGAUAGUAUAGAAGAUGCAGCUAAUGGCCCAGAUGUAAUGAAUGCAGACACACCGACUAUAGAAUCAGAAUUAAUAGACACAAACAUUAAUGGAGAAACAGACACAAAGCCCUCAGAUGAAGUUAUUAUAGAGAAGGAGGCCACAGAGGGUCAGCCAGAGGAGGAGAAACCAAAGGAUGAGGCUCCUAAAGACGAAGAGCAGCCUAAACAAGAGGAGGAGGCUAAACUAGAGGAACAGACACCAUCUGAGCUGACUAAUGGAGUUAGUAAUGAAGCCAAAGAAGUCCCAGAGGAUUCACAGCCAGUGGCUCCAUGUGAAGAUGUCCCUGUGAAGGAAGACGAGGAGAAAACUACUCCUGUAGAUGAAGUCACCUCCCAAGAUACUGUCUCUGUCCAGGAGAGUGAAACGGACUCAGAAUGCAAGAUGGAACCAGGAAGCCCCUUGGUGAUCAAGUCAGAUAUGGAGAAGGACUCUGACUCUGGGAGCAGCUCUGCAGCUGACAGCAGCAGCCUCGACCUCAAUCUGUCCAUCUCUAGCUUCCUGUCUAAGAGCAAAGAGGGCUCUGUGUCCAUGCAGGAGUCCAAACGUCAGAAAAAGACACUGAAGAAGACACGCAAGUUCAUGGUGGAUGGUGUAGAAGUUAGUGUGACGACAUCAAAGAUAGUGACAGAUAACGACACUAAGAGCGAAGAGAUGAGGUUCCUGAGGCGACAGGAGUUGAGAGAGCUGCGCCUCCUGCAGAAGGAGGAGCAGAGGGCCCAGCAACAACUGAGCAACAAGCUGCAGCAGCAGAGAGAGCAGAUCUACCGGCGCUUUGAACAGGAAACAACUGCUAAGAAGCGUCAGUAUGACCAAGAGGUGGAGAACCUUGAAAAAAAGCAGAAGCAGACCAUCGAGCGGCUAGAGCAGGACCACACCAGCCGGCUCCGAGACGAGGCCAAGCGUAUCAAAGCAGAUCAAGACAAGGAGCUCUCCAAGUUCCAAAACAUGUUGAAGAACAGGAAGAAAGAGGCCGAAAAGGAGGUCGGACAGUCACCCAAGUACAUGAGAAAACAGCUCAUGAAACGCAUAAAGGAGGACCUGUCGCUCCUUAAGACCACUGAGGCAGUGGCCCAGGUUAUGAUACAGUCUUUUCAGUUGUCCUCAUGUGCACUCUUCAACGCUCAGAUGCAGGAUGAGCAGGAGUUCCUCCAAAAGCAGCAGCAGGAGCUGGAUGGAGCACUGAAGAAAAUCAUCCAGCAGCAUAAACUGGAGAUCGCCACAAUAGAGAGAGACUGCCUUAACCACAAGCAGCAGCUGAUGAGAGCUCGAGAGGCAGCCAUGUGGGAGCUGGAGGAGCGCCACCUGCAGGAGAAGCACCAGCAGCUGAAGCAACAGCUGAAGGACCAGUACUUCCUGCAGAGGCACCAGCUGCUGAAGAGACAUGAGAAAGAGAUGGAGCAGAUGCAGCGCUACAACCAGCGCCUGAUCGAGGAAAUGAAAAACAAGCAGACUCAAGAGAGGGUCCGUCUACCCAAGAUUCAACGCAGUGAGGCCAAGACCCGCAUGGCCAUGUUCAAGAAGAGCCUCCGCAUCACCGCCACUGCAUCAGUCACACCUGAGAUGGAGAGAGAGAAGAUCAAACAGUUUGCAGUUCAGGAGGAGAAGAGGCAGAAGAACGAGAGGCUCCAUCAACACCAGAAACACGAGAACCAGAUGAGAGAUCUGCAGCUGCAGUGUGACUCAAACAUCAGAGAGCUGCAGCAGCUACAGAACGAGAAGUGCCACCUUCUGAUCGAACAUGAAACCCAGAAGCUGAAGGAGCUUGAUGAGGAGCACGGUCAAGAGAUUAAGGAGUGGAGAGAGAAGCUCAGACCCAGGAAGAAGGCACUAGAGGAAGAGUUCACCAGGAAGCUUCAGGAGCAGGAAGUCUUCUUCAAGAUGAGCGGCGAGUCUGAAUGCCUUAACCCCACCACCCAGAGCCGAGUGUCCAAAUUUUACCCCAUCCCAAACUUGCACAACUCUGGUUUAUAGCCUCGUGUCUGCAGAAACAGACUCGUAUUACACUUGUGCAGACUGUUCCUGGUGGAGCAACGUCACUCCUCUGACCGUUACAUGAAAAUAUCUUCACUGCUUUGACUCCACCGUUAGUGAGCAUGACGUGCCUACACACCGUUUCCUCUCACAACCGAUUAUUCUCAGCUAGACGAGAAAAACAUCAGGUGGAUAAUAUGCACUUUUCUGAGCAUGUUCAAAUUUAAAACUCUGCAGUCAGUAGCAAAGGCCAAUCAUGCUUACAGAGAACUGUUAGCACAGCCGGCUACAGUACAAACGAUCUCAGUGCCUCAUAUGUUCCUCGGUUUUCUGCAUUUAGACGCUUCCUCGUGUUUUCUCCACUUUGCAGUAAAUACAGAGCCCCCUGAAUGUCACGCACUUCAUUUAUCAAAGUCACAAGAUGUUGAGAGAUUAUUAGAAUUAUUUCACUUAAGCUGGUCACAGAUAAUCUUGUUUUGCUGCAUUUAAAGUAAAGCUGGAUGAAGGGAGAGAUCUAAAAAAAGAAAAGCUGUCAUGAUUACCAGUUAAGAUGAAUUGUACUGUGUUGUAAAUGAUGCGCUGAGUAAACUGUUACAUGUUUGCAACUACAUUAAUCUGAUACCUUGAAAUCUGACAACAGUUUAACAAAAUGUUUUAUUGGAAGAGCUGUAGACUCAAACACCUGCUCAGACUUCCAGGAGGAAAUACUGUUUUCUAUAUAAAUAUACAGAUAAUCAUUCUUGGAGCUAGCUUAACUGGUGGUUUCACAAACAAUGCUUUGUUGUGAAGUGCUGAAGGAAUGUAAAGCUGUUGAUUUUGCACUGUUUCGCCACAUGAGUUCAUUUAUAAAAAAAAAUAUGCAGUAGUGAACUGUCCAUGUGUUUUUGACAGCGAGUCUGGUUCGUGUCACACAGGCCGAUUCAAAGUCUAAACUGGCUGAGACCUUUCUACAUUUUUGGCUUAUUUUCGCCCUUUACCGUUUUACAACCACAUCUUAUUUUCUUAACAUGUAUUUCUGAUUUAUCAAUGCUGUACUUGUGUUAUUUUACUUGAGACCAUUGUUGUAUGAAAGGUAAAAUGCUGUAUCCUUUUUAAUUUCAACAUGAAAUGUUUUCGCUGUAUCUCAACAGAAGAGUAUUGACGGUUCACUUUAAAAGACUUUGUUAGUUCUUGCCACUGUGCAUCAUCAAUGCAUGUUAUUAUUUCUUUGCUGACAUUUCUGUCAUGAAUGCUGGAUUUUUAUUUAGGCAUAUCAGAGAUUGUGUCUCGCGAAUCACACCACAUGCCCCUUUGAUUUCAAAUAUGUAUCUUUUUUUUAAUUUUAUGUUGCAGCAUUUGGAUGUGUCAAUGAAGUUCUACAACAUUGAUCAUUCUUAGUAUACACAUUUUUGAUGUCAGAUCAAAUGUAUUUAAAGUGUCUUUAUAAAUGGACAUUUUUGUUGUUGUAAAUAAAAUAUUGACGGUUUAUUUGAAAUUGGAAACACCUGGAGAGAAAUCAUUUUAGAGAUCAAUGAAGUCACACAAAUAUCACGACUCACAAGUCCAAAAAUAGAUUUAUUUGUGUGUCUUUCAAAUCUAUUGAUCAAAUGUCAAUAAGUUGAAUCAUGUAAAACAACACCUGGGAACAUUUUAUAAUUUAAUCUUUCCAACAUUUAAAGGUAAAAAGAGAAUAUGUCCAUUUCAGUGCGCUCUUGUACAAAAAUA